AUGUCUGAGACGGAGAAGACGCUGGAAGAUUUGCGAGCUAAGAUCAUUCAGUCGAUGGGUGGUAAGCCCUCUGGUGCUGGAACUGGUACUGGUGCUGGUACCGGUGCUGGAACUGGUGCUGGUACUGGGAGUGGAACUGGUGAGUCGCGGAUGGAGCGGGACAAGGGUGGUCGCUCUGACAUGUCUCGACAGGAUCAUGGGAGAAGUACGCGGUAUAGCAACGAGAGGAGGGGAAACUACCAGAAUGCGGCACAGUAUAACAAUAAUAUGAGCCGUGAUGACUACUACCAGACCCAGAGAUAUAGUAGGAAUGCGCAAAGGAAUCCUAUCCAUCAAUACGGUGGAUAUAGACAAACGCAAAACCACGGUCAGAACCCAAACCAUAACCAAAACUACAGGUACCAGAACCAACCACAACAAUACACCAACCAAAACCAGAGAAAUAGGUAUAACAAUGGUAAUCCACAACCCAACAGUGUGCACAAACCACCCCACCAUCAAACCAAAAAGGUAGCAAACCUGGAUGACCCCAUUUUCAGGAAUAUUACAAAGAACAGAGCUGCAUGCCACAUUGUUAUUGAAAUAGAUGGGAAACAAGACAUAGAAAAGAUCAUAACGUUGCAGAAGCUUUUGCUAACAAAGAUUGAACAGUUAUUAGAGUCUCAAGACUUCCUCAAAGAUUUUUUUUUGAAACCUGUUUCUUUUCAUGAUAUAGAAGAACUGGAGUCCAAGGCAGUUUUGCACCUAGAGACCUCAGAGCCAGAACAAGCGUCUUUAAUUAUAGCGUGCCACAAAUUCCUCGUCAGUCAAUUAAAUGAACAACAGACUAUAACAAUUACUAGACCAGAAAACUACAUUGCUACAAAUGACAGAAUCAACAAAAUAUGUAACAAAGAUACCUUGUGCGUUGAGAACGUUGAAACUGGUGGAAGCACAAAGCAAGAGAUACUCGCGAACUUGAAAGCACCAAAAUCUGGUGACUUUGAUUUCAUGGAGCCAAUAUUUUAUAAAGAUAGCGAUAAUGAUGAUAUUAAAUUUACCAAACUUAUAUUGGUUUUACUCAAAAAUAGUGGUUCUGAGUCCACUAUUGAUUGGAAACUGAACGGCCAGAGUGUUGAAACUUAUAAGAUCAACGACAAUAGGGGAUUAUUUCAACCAAUUGAAGAACUGCAAUUUGAUACCUUACCAAAAUUAGCUACAAGUGAAGGCAGGAAACCGAAUGAAACAAUAAUAUUGUUAAACUGCAUAGACCCUAUGGAACUGAAAGAGAAAAAAAAUAUAGCUGAACUAAAGGAAUCACUAAAAGAGAUACUUAACUUUGAAAACUAUGAAUUGCAGGUAGCUAUACCAAGUGUAGACUACCGUAUUAACAUUGACCAUAUUAAAGAAUUAGCCGGAACUGUUUUUAUCAAGUUUCAAAACGAAGGCGAUGCCACUAGUGCUCUAAACGAACUCUCAGGCAAAAAAUUUAAUGGCCGAACUAUUCUAGGAACCUAUGCUAUGCAAUCAGAUAUUGAGACACCUGGACUACACAUUGAGUAA